AUGGUGUUUUAUCCGCCUGCCAGCGCUGGGAAGUUGCCCAAGGUCCCUGAUGAUAUACCAAUAUGCGACUUCAUCCUGGACGAGGCCAACGGUCGCAUGCCGUUCGCGCAGUCAAGAGAUCCGUUUGUCUGCGGCCUCACGGGCAGGACAUACUCGAUAUCCCAGGUUGCGGAGCGCGUUGAUGUACUCUCCCGCGCGCUGGCAAGGGAGUUCGGCUGGCAUCCGAAUCAGGGGACCGAAUGGGAGAAGGUCGUGGGCAUCUACAGCUUCAACUCGAUCGAUUACUUGGUUCUCUGCUGGGCGGUGCAUCGGCUGUCUGGCAUCGUGAGCGCGGCCAACGCAGCUUACUCGGCGUCAGAGCUCGUCCAUCAGCUGGUAGAUUCUCGUUGCAAAGCCUUGUUCACCUGUCUACCUUCCUUGCCAAGUGCAUUGGAAGCUGCCGAAAAGGCCGGGAUACCCAAGAGCCGGGUGUAUAUCAUUGACCUACCUGCUGAAUUUACCGGCUCAGCGAAGACACCCGCAGGCUUCAAGACGUUGGAGCAGUUCAUCACGGAGGGAUACUCGCUUCCACCGGUUGAGAGGGCCAAAUGGGGGCCUGGUCAAGCUGCUAAACAGACGGCCUUCCUGUGCUAUUCCAGCGGUACGUCUGGUCUUCCGAAAGGCGUGAUGAUCUCGCAUAGGAAUGUCAUUGCAAACACCAUGCAGAUCAGGGUCAAAGAGCAGCCAGAACGAGAGGCCCGUGUUAAAAGGGGAGGUUCGGCUACGGUAGUCAGCCUGGGCCUGCUGCCUCAGAGCCACAUCUAUGCACUCGUUGUCCUGUGCCAUGCUGGGUCCUAUCGAGGAGACUCUCUAGUUGUCCUUCCCAAGUUCGACAUGGCUCAGUACCUGGGAGCCAUUGCAAAGUAUAAGAUCAACACAUUGUUCCUAGUGCCUCCAAUCAUCAUUGCAAUGCUGCGAAACAAGGCAGUUUGUGACAAAGUAGAUCUCUCCAGUGUCUCUUCCAUUUUCACGGGAGCCGCACCGCUGGGCAAGGAGACGGCAGAAGAGUUACAGGCCUGGAAGCCGUCCUGGGCUAUAAAACAGGGAUACGGUAGGUCCUGGAUGACCCCUUUUAACCUAUUCUCAGACAGAUACACUAACAUCGCAUUGCAUGCAGGUCUCACUGAAACCUGCACAGUGGUCUCAUCUACAAGCAUCUACGACACCUGGCUGGGCUCAUCCGGUUGUCUCCUCCCUGGCUUUGAAGCAAAAGUCGUCUCUCCCGAAGGCGUUGAAUUGACCGGCUACGACCAGCCAGGGGAGCUGGUCGUCCGCUCCCCUACCGUCGUCCUGGGCUACCUGAACAACCAAAAAGCCACCGCAGAGACAUUCCAGGACGGCUGGAUGCGUACGGGAGACGAAGUUGUCUUCCGUGUCUCCCCAAAGGGAACAGAGCAUCUCUUCAUUGUCGACCGGAUAAAAGAGCUGAUCAAGGUCAAGGGAAUGCAAGUUGCACCGGCUGAGCUCGAAGCUCACGUCCUCUCUCACCCUGACGUUGCCGACUGUGCUGUCAUCCCGGUACCCGACGAGCGGGCUGGAGAACUACCGAAGGCCUUUGUUGUUAAGGGGUCCUCUGCUGCCGGCAAAGACGAUGCGGCUGUCAUCAAGUCGAUCCAGCAGUUUGUGGAAGAGCACAAGGCCCGGCACAAGUGGCUAAAGGGCGGCGUCGAGUUCAUAGAUGUCAUUCCCAAGAGUCCCAGCGGCAAGAUCCUUCGCCGUCUGCUCCGAGACCGCGAGAAGGAGGCUCGACAGAAGGCGAAGGCGAAGUUGUAG